AUGUGCUGACAACGAUAGAUAUUAUUAGCAUCCGCAUCUAGGCUUCCACUUUUAUUAUUUAAUGAUUCACGAUGAGCGUUCAGCCUUGCUGUAUGAUCAUUACUCCACAUUGGCGAGCGAGUUACCUUUUAUGGUAUUUGGAUCAUCCGUCAGCCUCAUGAUUUGGCCCCCAACCACAGCGGGAUGAUUACGGAUGAUGCAUCGAAUAGUUAGGCAGAUUCAUUACUUAUGCAGUCUUGCAUCACAAAAAACCUUGGCAUUGUUAGAUCCGAGAAGAAAUUUACGGUUGAGGCUGUCCCUAGAAGAAUAUGUAUUUAGAGAUGGGAAUCGCCAUUCAAAUCACUUGGAAGCAUCAUCAUCGUGAAGCAUCUCUACAGCCAUGACUCUUCUUCCUUCUCUCAUUCUCUGUGUCUCUCUAUUCCAGGUGGGCUAUUCGAAGCAAUACCUACCUCCAUCCACAGGACCAUGCAAUGUGCAAAUAACCCCUGCCGAGUUGGUCGACCUGUCUCGGGUUGACCCAUUCAGCCCAGAUCACAGCAAACGAGCCAUCAUGGCUAGUUCUUUUGUGCCAGUGAAUUGCAGCGACGAGUCCCAGUACAGCCCCUACGUAAGCCAAAAGGUAGCGGCUGUUAUGGACCAGAUGCUGCCCUUGGUUGGGAUUUCCUUCCCUAAUGUAACCUCGAAGAAUUUCAUGAUCGAAACAAAAUCCAAUGGAUCUCACCCAUCGCUUCCUGGGAAGGAGUAUCCUGUGAUCAUCUUCUCUCCCGGCAUGGGUGCUUCCCGUUUCAUCUAUUCUUCGCUGAUGCAGUCCGUUGCCAGCAUGGGAUUCGUUGUGAUUUCGGUCGACCACCCUUAUGAUUCUGCCAUUGUUGAAUUUCCAGAUGGUAAAUCCAUCAAUUCAUUAGGUGUGAAGAAGCUUAGAGAGAAUAUCUUAACGGCCCUGGAUACUCGUGCGAAAGAUCUCUCCUUCACAUUGGACCAACUGGAGGAAACACCCAAGCUCAUUCCCUCCUCCUUCACCGGCCGUCUCCAACUCGACAAAGUAUCUGUCAUUGGUCAUUCAUUUGGCGGCGCAGCAGCAGCAGACGUGAUGAUCAACGACACCCGGUUUGCCGGCGGAAUGAACCUCGAUGGUGCUCUGUGGGGAUCUGUAUUGCAACAGGGGCUUGACCGUCCCUUCAUCAACUUCGGGGAAGGCAAAUUUCUACACAUUCUCAACAAAACUUGGUCGGAGACUUGGCCUCACCUGCGUGGAUUCAGACGAGAGUUCAAGCUGAACGGUUCGUACCAUAUGACGUUCUCUGAUCUGCCUUUGCUUGUCGAAAAUGCUCCGAUUUCUUUGGAGGCGAAGAAAAAUGCGACGGCCGCCGUGGGAAAUGUGUCUGGAUUGCGAGUUCGGACCAUUCUGUCGGAUUAUAUCGCUGCUGCUUCUACAUAUUUCACCACAGGCAAGAAGUCCCCACUGCUCGAUCGGUCAUCUGCAGAGUAUCCCGAGGUGGUGAUUGUGCGUUGA